CUCGUUUCUUCCCUUAGAAAGAAUGAAACGUGACGUUGGCGAGGAAGUCUCCAAAGAGCCGUUAGUGUCCAGGAAGCCGCUCCACUUCCACACCAGCUUUAGCAAAGGGGUUUGGGGCUCUUUUCAUCCUGACGGGCAGAUGAAUAUCCGCAGUGGUGUGGGCUGUGAAAGCGUUUUGUUACUGAACAGCGUCCCUCUCGCCCCCUCGCUCCGCGGGUGUGAGCCUCCUGGCAGGGACGCGCCUACCGGAGCAGCCGGCAAGGAACCAGUGCAGCACAGUGUUGCUGGAAAGCAGAGGCUGAGCUCGAGACGCCUUUCCUUGGCAGGGAGAGCCUGAGGGAGAGCAUCUGGUUUCGUAUCAGAGCCGCCUGAAACCACAAGCCCUGACAGGUUUUAGAGCUGAAACUGAAAAUGGGUCCAGAAGGGAUCGUGCGUGGUUCCCCUACUUCUUCUGCAGGUCUCUUCCACCCCGGCAGCCUGUUUGAGUGGGGACAGAAAUAAGGCUCCUCAACAGACUCUCCCAGGGCCAGCGUUUACGCCCCGUGCCACUGUAUUUCCCCUUGGCUCCGCUCUCAUCUCCCCACCAUCGUGUGUGCUGGCUGGGGCCUCUGAGCCCUUCCUGUUUCGGGGUAGAAAGCUUGUGGUCACCAGUGAGCAGCGGGCUCCGACACACGCACGCAGAGAAGAAGCGAGCCCCGGCAGGGUUCAACGUGGGCUGCCGGUGCCGGAGCUCAGGAUUGCUGCUUCGCUGCUAGCUCCUGCCUGCAUUGCCUCCUCCUCCUCCUCCUCCUCGCCAUGAGCCUGCCGGGACCAUCCUGUGCCCUGCGGUGACGCUGGGAGCUGGAAGGACACAAGGGAAGGCAAGACACCGGACCUGAGGCCAUGCCCGAGCAGAGUGAGCAGCAGCCGCGCACUCGCCCAUCGUUGCAGCCGUGCCCGUGCCCUGCUGCAGCCCCAGCCCGGCCAUGGAAAGCACAGAGGUGGAGUCGGACAUCCUGCGCCGUGUCCGCACGCUGCUGCGAGAGCUGGACGGCCACCAUCCCGCCUGCCAGCGCGACCGAGGGAUGCUGCGAUGGACACUGCACAAAAAAAUUGACCAGAAUCCCAGUAACAGCUCCAUCCUGGUCAGGAUCUUGGUGAAAGAGCUGGAAAGGGCGGAGCGAGGCGACUACCGACAUUAUAUCAUCCCCCUGCUGCACACGCUGAUGUACACCCUGAUAAAGGCUCCCUGUACCUCCGACGAGCUCUGCAGCAGAGUGUAUGACUUCUGCAAGAAGCUGCUCACCCUGCCCAAGCCUUUCUGCACCAUUGGUUUGGACUACGCUGUCAGGCUGAAGAUGGAAAGGACAGCACCGGGUAUGCUCUACCAAAGAAUGGUGAUUUCCGAACAAAGUCUAAAAAGCGACCCGUACCCUUACCAGGAAAAGAUUUUCAUCUUUGCCGACCCGGAGCUGCUCUCCGAAGCCAUCUGCAACGCGCUGGUCACCGACACGCAGGCAGCUCGGCUCUCCCAGAGCCCACGGGCGUGCAUGUGCUACGUGAUCAUCCACGCCAUGCAGGCAGCCCUGGGCGAGGGCUGCGACCUCAGCGGCUUGAGGAUGAGCCUCCAGGACAUGUCCACGAGUGAGAUCGAGCACUGGUUCCAGCAAGUGGUGGCAGCUGUCGAGUGUGCGGGAAGUGAAGCGAGUGUGGACCGUGGACAGCACGUGGAGAGGCUGGAGAAAAUUUACUGCGCCCUCCUCGGCUCCUUGCCACCAGGUGAUGCUCCCCUGGGGAGGCUGCAGGGCAUCCCUCUGCCCAACCCCAACAUCAGCUUCCACCUCUGGAAGGAAGACGACCAGCUCUGGAAGGAGCUGGUGCUGUUCAUCCGCCCGCUGUCGCAGACCUGCGAGCCCGACCGCCUGAGCCAGGACCUGGACAACUUCGAGAUCCAGGACAUCAUUUCGGAGUGCGAGUCCUGCGAGCAGACCCGCUUCUCCGUGCUCUCCACCGACAGCGGCAUCGAGCGGGACCUGCCGCCGGCAGCCGAGGAGCCCUUCGCCCCUUGCAGCGCCGACACGGAGCAAUCCCGGCUCCAGAGGAAGGGCGGCAUUAAAAAGAAGCCAUCCCCACUGGAGAGCAUGGCGUUCCUGCAGGCCGGCUGCAACGGCCCCGGGGCGAAGCCCACGGCCAAGGCGCAGAAGAGGACGGGCGUCCCCGCCAAGCCCCCGGCCCCGCUCCAGAGGCUGCACACUGCGCGCAUCGUGCUGCUGGGGGACGACCGGGUCCUGGGGCGCCUGGCCCAAGCCUACCACUCCUUGAGGAAGCGAGAAACACGGCGUGUGUUCCUGACUCCGAGGCUGAACCUGCAGUUCUACUACAUCCCGGUCGUGACGGGGCAGUCGAGCGCGCCGACAGCCGCGACCCAUGCUGCUGCCAGCCCCGAGGAGCUCUGCGAGGUGGCCGGGUACCUGGGCAGAGCCGACCCCUGGUACGAAAGCAACAUCAACACGCUGUGCCACAUGAUCCCCAAGCUGGCCACCAUGCCUUCCUCUCCAGGCAAACAUCUUGUGACUGAUCUCUUCAUCACCGAUGUGAUCGCCUACUACGUCCGCAUGGGUGCCCAGCCCGUCUGCUUCCAGGUCUACAUGGUGAAGGUUUUCUUCAAUGACCCAGCACUGGAGCCAGCUGAGGACGUCUUCCUCACUGAGCUGUGUGCCCAGAUGCAGGACAGCAUCUCCCACAGAGACUUAAACCUGACCAAGAAGAAAACAACCCUGGAGGGCCCUGGCAUAGACCUUGCAGUAACGUACAAGAAGGUUGUCGUGAGCAACCGGGCAAAGGAGGUGUCGGCGUCCCUGCGCUCCACAGGCCUCGUGAUGAAGGCCAUCCCUGCUGAUGAGGCCGAAGAUCUGUUGUGUCUGAAUGUGAACGUCACUGAAAUCAUUAAGAUCAACAACUUGUCGGGACGAUCCUUCUCAGCUGUGGCAAACAGGUUGAAAACACGCGAUAUCAAAAUCAGGAGCACAGAGCAGAGGCCCUUCACAGUGUGCCUGGACAAGGACAGCAGAAGAACCUACAGGAAUGUGAUCAGUGUGGAAGUGUCACCCUGCCUAGAGCCCAGCUACUGCUUGCAAAAAACAAGGACAAUGAAAUCCAGCGUGCAUGAAGCAGAGGAUGUGGGCCUUGUGAAAUACAUGCCCAAGUCUCUGCUGUUGCCCAUCAACACGUUUGCAGGAGUCAUCCAAUGAAGCAAAUGAGAAAAAGCUGAUGUGAAAGAUGUGACAUCUGGGUCCUCAAAGAAGAGACGGAAAAAGAAAACACACUAAGAAGCCACCAACAGUGAUUUUACGACCAUAAUGGUGUUUCUAGAGCUGCAAAGGCAGAGGUGGAGAGGGCUCAUGGAGGACAGCUACAUGCUGGUGAAUGGCAGUGGUGACCACAGCCAAGGACCCCUGCCAAGGGGCACGGCUUUCCUGAAGAGCUGAGACUUUCAACCUUUUGCACAAAUCAGGAAAAACCUUUGAGCUUUUUCAUUUCAGGAGAAGGACUGAGGAAAAUGCAGCUCAGGUGAUGGUGUGUGCUGUGUUGUGGAUCAAAGAGCAGUUACUAUUAGUAAUAUUUAUUAUUGUGGUGUCUCCUGGCUUGGCAGAGGAUCAGGGCUUGUUUUGCUGGGUUCUGCACAGCAAACUUAAUUCUGGCACAGGAUGAUGUAUUUGGGCAAACCGACAAUGGCUCCCCUGACUCAACCAGGAAACCUCACUGCAAGCUUGACCACAACCGGGAGCGUGUGUGCGUGUGUGAGACUUCCAGUGCAGGAAGCCAGUGGGAAACCUGCUGUUGUUUCAGAAGUGCUAUAGAAGAUAACAACAGAUGGUGUGAAACAGGGAUGUGGGAAAUCUAGUGCAAUAUUUGGUGGUGCUGAACUGGAAUAGAACUGCUCAGGCUGCCGAGGCUUUGCUCUGAGAAGCAACCUCCUGCAAUCGAUGGAGAAGCAGAACACCUGGAAGACUUCUCUUUUCCUUUCCUCUGCUGCUAUCACGGUGUAGAAACCCUCCCCUCGUUUGCAGAUGGGCUCCAACUUACCCACUUUUAUGGAUGGUCAUGUCAGAGGCCUUGUCUUCAUUCCAGCUUGUGGCUGACUGAAAUAAUGGAAGAAACGAGGUGUGUAUUUAUUGACUCUCUGAAUGUGGUCUGAGGUAUCUGGGGCGUCUCCAGGGAGUCUUCCAGAAAUUCGUGUUGGAAGGGAUUUGGGAUCAGUCCUUCUAUGACACUAUCAGUUUUUACUCUCUUGGCUCCCAGAUAAAUCCUUACCUGGGUUGCCUUCACUCAGAGGUGCUUGCUUGGAUCUCCUGCCCUAAGUGUUCUUCGGCUUUGUCUGUGCGCGUAGCAGCUCCUCCAGCUCUGCCUGUCACCCAUGGGGAGUCCCUGGGGCCAGCUCUGCAAUAUGAGGUGAUGCUGACCCAGCUGCUGUGGCACUGGCAAACCCCUCUGUUAGCCCCGAUGGCUUGUGCCAGCUGGAGUAAUGCUGGUGUGGGCUCAGUUUUUGUAGCCAACCAGAAGUGAAAGCUGUAGUUUAAGGCUGUGGUCACCAAGGGCAGACAGGAACCUCCUGAGGACAGCUCAGUUCUUCCUUGGGAAAGAUGCUGAAGGUAAGAGAAGAGCCAACUUUGGCAGGGCGAGUCCCAGCCAGCAACGACACGGGGGAUACUGGGAAAUGCUCCCCCCAAGCCAUUUCACCCACGCCUGGAGCAAGGUGCCCACCUCUAUCCAGGUGUCCAGGUCUGGAGAUCCUUCCUCUGACCUGCCCCACGCCUGUGGGUUGUCCUCCUGGCUAUAUCUUACAGAAUCCCCCUGCUGAUGUCCCUCAGGGUCACCUUGGCACAGGAGGCGUUUUGCCUCCUGUUCCCAAGCUCAGGGUUUAUUCACUCUCAUUUUGAAUGCCCCAUGCAGACCCAAAUUAGCACUGAAAUACAUUACUGCACGUAAAGCAACACCAGAGCUGUGGGCGGGUGAUGCAUUAUUUAGCAGUGUAAAGAGCCUCCAGGUCCCCAAAAGUAUUAAAUCGCCAAACCAGCAGAAACACCUGAAAGAUCACGUUAGGCAACAGCAACAUGACCAUUUCCCCAGCCCCCCAGCCUCAGAAUCCCCCCGCAGGAGUCACAAACCUGCAAGAAGAUCUCAGCAACCAUGUUUGGCUCUUCAGUACUGUUUUUCACCUCCACUCACUCACAAAUCAAGAAUUGUUGGUGCCCACCAAUUCCAGGCUUAGUCAGCAAGCAUUUUGGCCCUGAAGGGAGCUGAAUUUGGAGAGGAGGCUCGGGAACAAGUCAAGAAACACACACUUGCACCAACAGGCUUCCUCUGUGAGCUGCUGCUGCAUAUGCUAACUUUGGGCUUAAGGGGGUGGCCAGUGGCUCUUCACACCUCUGCUCCCUUGGGGCUUCAUUUUGGGGGGGUCACACAUCCCUGGCAUGCCUGGCUACUACUUACAAAGCCAUGAGACCAUGCUUUGGGUUGGAGUUUGGUCUGCGGUGUCCAGAGUUGACUCUGUACCGUUGUAAAUGAUGUAGAUGGAUUGUAAGUUAUUUGUACAGGUGUCAGAGAUGAUCUGUAUCAGAAGAUGCGAUCCUUUUAAUGCCAAUUGAAAAAAUAUAUAUAUAUAUAAAAGCACAGCAGAACUGGACAGAAUUGUUGGUGUUUAUUUUCUAUAUUUGCAUGCAGCUGGGGUGAGUGAGGAAAAAGUUGGUAAAAACUACUAAAAAAGAAUAAAAGGACCUUUGGCCCUCUAUGGCUGAUGUCUUCUCCCCACCCUGGGGCUACCUGCUGUGUAGGUAAACGCUUCAUUUCCAUAGUGCUCUUUUGUGAAGGGACAGGCAGAAAUGGGAAAAAUGCAGAAAUUUGGAAGCAGGAGUCAUAUCCCCCAUGCUGGCUGCCCCUCGACUCCCCUCUGUGCUGCCGUAGUCUGUCCCCACAGCCCGGCCCCCUCCAGCUCUGUUUCCCCGUCUGAAACACCGCCCUUCUCCAAGCAUCCUCCAAAGCCCUUGUACUGAUCACCGCUGCUUGUUGAUAAAGCAGAAAACAAUUCAUGAACUUGUGUCAAUGAAUUAGCUCUGCUGUGAAAAAGUCUUUCACAGGUUGUUUUAAUCAUCCCUUGAAAUCGCGGGCAGCUAAUGCAGCUCACAGAGCUCCUUAGCACAGGGGCAGUGUUGGGGUCUCCCCUGUGCCCUGGGAGCUGCCAGCUUUGGGACAGCUCCAUCUUCUGCACAGGGGCUGGGUGAAAUGCCUGGAGGAGCAUGGCAGUUUCUCAAGGGGAUAAGGGGGGACAUAACUGCCUGGGGGCUUUUGGGGCUGUGGCAGCUCUAUCUUCAUCUCUUUGCAUGCCCAGCGUGAUGCUGAGCAGACACAAAGCUGUCUCCAGUGGGACGAUGGGUGACACUGAGCUGGCUUGCCUGGAGCCUGUGUGUGUCCUGGUGUGGUGGCCUGCUGUGUCACCCCGUGGUCCCAGCAUUGUCACGCUGAGGCUGGCUCCCAACAUGAGUCGCUGCCUCCUCCUCCUGCAUAAACCCGGAGCAGCCUGGGCAGCCAGCAGCACUUGCUGGUGCCAGCUGCCUGAGCUCUGCAUCCUGACCAACCUCUUCCUUCCAUCACUGCCUUGGACAACCCCAAAACACCCACUGGCUAUAAACUGUUCAACGCUUUGUGAAAAUGAUAAAAAUCAUCUCUUUUCCAAGAGCAUUCUGCAACAAGAUGAAAAACUUUGGAGGCAGAAUGAACCCAGCAACAAGAUAUCCUAGUAUAGAUCACUUCAUGUAUGGAAAGGAACCCCACAGCUGACUGAGGGGGAGGAGGAUGCUGUGCAGGCACCAUUAAAGGUGGAUGGAUGUGUCUUCAUCGCAUGGCCUCCCUGCAGCACUGCUGCAAGUUGCCAGGAGUAAAUCAGCCCUAACAGCAGUGUUCACAGUCCCAUCCAUCCAUAAUUCAUAUCCCACUGGGGUGAUUUCGGAAGCUCUCUGCUCAGGCAGCUCUUCCGCUUUUUGGGCACGCUGUGACCCCCCUACCCCUGCCUCCCUGGGGGUGCUGUCUGCUCCCCUUGCCUGUGUAGGACUAAAUCUGUGUCCUAAACUGAACCUGCUGAGUCCAUGAAUGUCCUCAAGCUGCCUUACCUGUCCCCUUAAACUCAACAGCACACAGAUUUCAUCACCUUGGCAAGAUUGCUUACAAAUGAAAAUUUGCUGGGCUGCACUCAUGAAGAGAUCUGGGUCAGAACUUGAAUGGAGUUGGGGGCAAACCCCAAUCCUUAGGGGCCUUUCAGCUGUCAUCAAAAGCUGUUGUUAGUUUAGUAGGUGCUUCCCUGGUCACAGGGCUACAUCACCCCAUUGCAGAGGGAUCCAUUUUAGUGACAUCUCCCUGAAGUUUUACAAACCGGCUGCAAAACCCAGAAUAUUUGUCUAAAUACCUAUUUAAUGUGUAACAUGCAAGUGGUGUUGUGAUCUCUCACCCUGCUGUGUCCUGGAUUUGGUAGAAAGUUGUGGAUAAUCUCUUUCUGUGCAUACAUUGAUUACAGAUGAUCUGUACAUCAAAUGCUUUCAGUGUAAUUAGCUCCCCUUUUUCUGGCACAAAUCCACUAGGCCAUGCAGAAUAACCUACCAGAGUGACUAAAGAUAGACUUGUCCUCGAGCCAAGAAUAGCUGGAACUCUUCAUUAAGUCGCUGCUUUCUCCCAGGAAUUCAAACUCAAGUUGGGAAUGAUUUUAGUGUCAAGAAUUUAUCCCAGCCUUAUUACCAUACAAUACCUCAGGAACUCUAAUUACGUGUUAGUAGAGUACGUGGCUGCAGUGCUGUGUGAGCAGCACACCCCGGAGCCCUGCACACAACUGCGAGACGGGUGCUGCAAAAAUAGCUGCGAUGGUUUAAAAUGCUGUGGCUCUUUCGGCUGGAAGUGACAGCCUUCGUUUGGGGCCAAUUAAGGGGAUUGCAUGUGCUCUCUCUGUCUGAUUCCAUGAAAAAUCAGAUGGUGUGGUGCAAGCACCACAGGGGGAGGAGAAGCCUUGCAAGGAGGGGUGGUGCCAGCCAUGUGGCACCCAUGGGGGUCUCCCCAGAGCCCCGACCUCCUUGGUCGUCCUGGCCGGAGGUGUUCAGAGCUGUUCAGCCACCACAGACACUAGCAGUGAGCAUUUAAGGUAUAGCCGAAGGCUUCGUUUCAGUGUAAUAAUAAUAAUUAGUGGUUUAUUAUUAUUAUUAAACCAAAUAGCACAGCUUGUCCUGAUUCAGGGAAGGAUCGUAUUUAUACAGUUCGAAAUAUGUUCUGAAUUGCCAACCAUUAUGGAGGUGAGUGAGGCAGAGGGUUCAUUUGCUGAAGAAAUUGCACCAGUUUGGUUAAAUUAGUCUCCACUGCGCUUUAUGCUAUUUGUGUGUGAGGACUGUACAACACAGGUGACCCAGUUUCUUCUGUGGUGGUCACAGACUCUGCAAGCCCCAAGGGUAAGGAGGGAGGUGGACUUGAACUGGUCUGUGUGAGACAGCUUCGCCCCAAGCCGGUCUUGCUGAAGUAAGAAGGUGCCAGGGCAUUUGAUGUCACAGGGAAUAUGAUGCAGCCCAGAAGAACCAAACUGCCUUUGGGGAGAAGAUGAUGUGUUUUCAGCCACAUCAGUUGUUAUUUUUGCAUUACCGUGUAACAAU